UUUAGUGAAAAUUGUUACGACGAGCUGACCAAAAGGAAAACAAUUUUGAAGUCUGGCGAGGUUGGUCUGGUAUAUUUUUUUUUACAUUUUGAAAACGACGAAGUUUCAAUGCCCCACCCGGUGAAUUAUCGAUUUGGCCGCGCUCACAACGAGGCUGAGAAUUUUUCAAAUGAAAAAUGGCGCGUGGUUGUGAGCGUGACGAACUUUCUAAACAGAAAACAAAUCGAAGUUUUCGUUGUUAUUUUUGAAAUGUAGUCAUCCCCUGAGACUUUUAUCUUCAUAGCAUUCAUGAGUUCACGUCGGAAUUCGCCCCGCAUCGCUUCACCGAGGAAGAGGAGAGGAAGAACUCGGGCUGAAGUCGAACAAGAAGAAGAAAUUGCAAGCGAAUUUGAAAAGACUGGGAGAGCUUCUCGUAGUCGAUCACCGAGUCCAAAAUCAGGACAGAAAUCGACGUCAAGAUCUUCAUCAUCAAGCAAAGAACGUUCAAAUUUAAGAAACGCACAACCUUUGUCCUCUAAAAGGAGGACAUUUCGUCAUAAAGAGUUGCAAGAACCAUCAAAUAACGUGGAAUACUUCGACCUUGAGGAUAUGGAAACUCGAAGUAGGAGAAAAGGGCAGCAAACGCCCACUUUGACUCCAAGAAGUACAUCUACUCCAAGGUCAAAGAGAACGUCUGCAAGAACUAGACCUGUUUUAAAGCAGGAGGAGGUAGAGGAGGAGUUCAAUGACACUCCAAAACAUUUAUAUGGACUGGAUAAUUCCAAGGGAAUGACCUCAGGAGAAGAAGAUGUGAGUGUUGAUACUGACACUAGUAGCACUUGUAGCCCCAAGAAGACGUUCAAACAGCUUAGAAAGUUUUUUAACCAGAAAUUCAGAAGGAUAUGGAAUUGCAAAUGCAUUGGUGUGGCAAUGUUUGCAAUUUUCAUUGCGGUAGCAGUGGUAUCAGCACUGAUAAGGCCAUUCCCAUACUCUGAUCUUCCAACAGUUGAAGUUAAUCAAGAACAGUUCCAGACUGAUAAAGGUGCUUCAUGGAACAGCAAAAGCAUUCAAGAGCUGCAAGAAAAACUUGAUCAACUUUCAGCACAAGUCAAAACAAGCUUGGAAAUGGAGAAAGAAGAUUCCAAGAGAAAUUUAUACAAUGAAUCCAUAACUUCUGAAAAGCACCUAGCACAAUAUAUUGAAACAUUGGUCAAGGACAAAAUGGAAGCUGCAUUAGAUGUCUAUAGCGCUGACAGGCUUGGAAUUCCUGACUAUGCACUGGAAUCUGCAGGUGGUCAGAUACAUGGUAAACACCACUCUCCCACCUUUAACACUGGUGCAUCUAGGAAACUGUUUGGCUUUGCCUUUUGGUUUGAUGGGAUACCACCAAGGGUUAUUCUUCAGCCUGAUAACACUCCUGGUACUUGCUGGGCAUUUCAAGGUCAGGAAGGUUAUGUUGUUGUUCAGUUGUCACAAACUGUUGUUCCUGAAAUGUUUACGCUAGAGCACAUUCCUGCUUCUCUGUCGACUGAUGGAGAUGGCAAAAUAGCCAAUGCACCUAAGGACUUCUCUGUAUGGGGAUGGGCAAACAGUGAAGGGGUCAAUAGACAUUGCUUGGGAAAGUACACUUACGAUAGCCAAGGGAAAUCUCUUCAGUCGUUCAAUGUUAAGGAACCAAAUAACCAGGAAUACACAUAUAUUGAGCUCCGAGUUGAAAGUAACCAUGGUCAUCCAACACAUACGUGUAUUUACCGAUUCCGUGUCCAUGGAAAACCUGCUAAAGCAAACGUCCCUUGCAACGAUCCAUAAAAUCAAUAUUACAUCAAAAUUACUAUUUCGUUAUGUUCUGUAUAUAUAUAAUUUAUUCAUUUGUGCGUUGUUUUUCUGUGGAUUUAGAAUUGUUUGUAUUCUAAAUUGAAUGUUGAGUUCGUAUUAAUAAGAACAGAGCUCUCUAUCAUAGCUAAUCGAUUAACUAUGUCCAUGAACUGUGAAUUGUUAUUUUACAUAAUUGCACUAACACCUCUGUAAGUUAGAGUUCUAGAUUAAAAUGUCAUCCUUAACUUCUC